AAUAAUAUAAAACCAACCACAAGGUAACACUGUCGACCAUUCAUUCCGUACUUUUCGAUUGCAUCAGAAUUAAUAUGAUGGAUAAAUUAAACAGCUUCGUAAUUGCUACAUUCUUUUUAUAUGUUUGUUACGUAACAAGUGCAUCAGCAAUAACGUGCUAUAGUUGUAGUGAUGAAAUCGCAUGCCAGAGGCCUUCUCAAUAUAAUGUAACAAAGGACUGCACAGGUGCAUGUGUGACUAUUUUCAGUGGAUUUCUUCCGAUUAAAAAGUCAUGCGUCUCAGAUUUAACAGCAACUGAAACCGAAUUGUGUAAUGAUGCAUCAAAUCCCUUGUGUUAUAAGUGCACCCAAGCCAAUUGUAACAAUCUCGGAAGAAUUGACCAUACAUGCUUAACGUGUUCAACAAACAAUGGGGACACGAAUUGUUUGCAUGAUCCAACGAAAAUCGUCGGAACACGUUGCCCUGCUCCCACAACCGAUGAAGCAUAUUGUUUCGUCACGUCUGCAGGAAGUGAGGCCACACGAGGAUGUAUAACUUCAACGCGUGAACUUCAAAGCUGUUCAGAGAAUAGUUUAAAUUGCAGUGCAUGUCCUGUUAGUGGAACAAAUGCCUGUAAUUCGUAUCCUGUCCCGACCGAUCGAAUAAAAUGUGUACAUUGCAGCGGAACCAAUUGCAGUACAACGACAAGUGCAUCGCGUUACUGUACCGACCCAUAUGAUAGUUGUGUAGCGCUCAACAACUAUGGCAAUCAAAUCCAGGGUUGUGCCGGAGACAUGACGGUAAAUAAUGCUGAUUUUUGUAAAAAUCAUAAACACAGUUGCAAUACUUGCAACUCAAACGAUUGCAAUCGUGCUGUACCUAAAUCUCCGACGGAUUACAAAGUGUGCUUUAGCUGUGAAGGUAUCACAUGCCAACGAUCUACAUUGUAUACUCAGACAACAGACUGUGAGAAAAGCGACACAUGUGUGACCUUGUUUGAAAACUACAUUCCAACUAAGAAAACUUGUUAUGCCGAUCUAUCUUCCGAAGAAAAAAUCAAAUGUGAUACCACCAGCAAUCCAUUGUGUUACAAAUGCACUGCUGAUCGAUGUAACAGUUUCGGACGUGUAGAUCAUAAAUGUUUAACGUGCAGCACGUCUACAAACGCAAAUUGCUUACAGAAUCCGAAAAGUCUUCAAACUACCCGUUGCACAGCUCCAAUUAGUGACGAUGCUUACUGCUUCGUAAAAUCUGCCGGUAAUGUGGUAACUCGUGGAUGUCUGAAUACACCACACGAAAUAGCCUCAUGCGCCAAUGAUAACCAGCAAUGUUCAUUUUGCUCCGUAAACAGUAAUUCAGCGUGCAAUACGAUUGAGUUCCCGUCUGGUCGACGACAAUGCCAUCACAGCAGAGGCGCAAAUCCAAGUUCUCUAUCUACAUCUCAAUCAAAAUACUGUGCUUAUGCCAGUGACACAUGCCUAAUAAUUAAGUCCAACGGAACAUUGUCUCAGAUUUGUUCGAGGGAAAUGAAUUCGACCGAAAUUAGAAUUUGUGAUAGUAAUCGUGAGUGCUGCAGCACCUGUUUGUCUAACAAUUGUAACACACAAAUACCGAGUUAUGCAUGCAGCACCGAUGAGAGCCACAACAGCAGCAACAGAAAUUUCAACAGUCCAUUGUUUGUUAUUAUUGUAGUGUCGCUUACAAUUACCGUACUGAUGAGCUUUUCUAGAUGUGUUAUCCGUUAAAUGUUGGUGGUAAAAUUAAAUGAGUUCCCGUAAUAUAGAGAAGAAUAUGAAAAGUUUGAAUUUUA